AUGCGGCCCCCUUCGCCUCCAGACUCAGCCAGAGUCGGAGGAACCCCAACAGAUGGCAGCGUCUCUCCAUUGCCUACGGCGGAGGACCCUGCAAACAGUGCUCUCGUUGAAGGUACUGAAGAAGUUGACGUGCACAUCACGGUGAGGUCAGAGCCGGCCAAGACCAUGAUCACGAUUAAUGGAACUCUCGGUACUGGAUUGUAUGGCAGAACAGGUCAGAUUCUCGAGCUCGGAGGCCCAGUCGCGGUGAUCCUGUCCUUUUUCCUCGUUGGGUCACUAGCAUGGGCAGUCAUGCAAUGCAUCACUGAGCUACUAUGCAUCUGGCCCAUCCCGGGUGCGCUGUCAGUCUAUGUCGCUGAGUUUGUGGACAAUGAACUCGGUAUAGCUGUCGGUGUCGCUUACUGGUUCACAUACUCUGUUGGAUUUGCCGCUCUGAUUGCAUCUUCAGCCUCAUACAUCAACUUUUGGUCAGUCAACAUUAAGGGCUUUCUCGUAGGCGUGGUUUAUGUGACAGUUCCUAUCAUGCUGAAAUACGGUAUGCUGGAAGUCAUCACUGGUGGUAUUAAGAUAACUUUCCUGUUUACAAUCAUCGUUAUAUCGAUUGCCAUUCAUGCGAAAACUGGGAUAUCAUCGGAAGCCAAGAAAGGUUGGGAAACACCUCAAGCUCAUGAUGAACUAGCAGCGAAAGACUGGGGUACAGCCUUGAUGAUGUCAACUUCGAUCGCAGCUUUUGCUUAUGUCGGCGUUGAGAUUGUCGCAGCUUCUGCCCUAGAAGCACAUUGGUCCAAGCCUCGUCGUCAACGCCUGCGAGAAAAAGACAAGCUCCAGCGUAGACCCUCAUACCAUGAACAGGUUCAGAACUCCAUUGCCAACACGCUCAAAUUCACCGCAGUAUGGGUCACUGUGCUAGUCACGGUAGCGUACGUUGUCAGCGGGCUACUAGUCACUCUAGGGUUUGAGCGAGACAACUGCGAGUUAACCAGAUUGAGCUGGGUUCACAACGCAUGCAAAGAUCAAGAUUCAGGUAAAAAUAAAGAGAGAAAGUCUUCGUCUCCAUUCGUCUUGAUGGCUCAAAGGUCAGGCAUCUAUGGACUCGAUCACGCGGUCAAUGCUGCUUUAGUCUUUACAGCCAUCACUUGCGCAAACACCAACCUAUAUGUGGCUUCCAGGACUUUGUUCGGAAUCACGAGCAGCCUUGAUGGUGGAUACGAUCAGCGGAUUGUAGUUAGAUGCUUGGCUUGGCUAGGCCAAACCAACAAGAGCCAAGUUCCGAUGCGAGCUAUGGUCGUCUCUGCACUGGCAUUCUGCUGGGUACCAUUCUUGCAGGAAGGUGGCGGGUUCAACACAGACACCAAAAUUGGCAAGUUCAUCGAAAUAUUGGCUCAGAUGGGAUCCGUUGGCGUUGCCAUCGUCUGGGCUUGUCAAUCAUUCGCCUUUAUUCGAUUUUACCGAUGUAUUCAAAGGCAUCAGAAGGCCAUAGAAGCUCGCAAAAUACCUCUUGUUCAGCGGUGGAACAAAGGGCCAGGAGAUGAUUAUCCAUAUCGCAGUCACGGUCAACCACUCCUAGGCUACAUUGCACUUGCUGGCUGCAUGGUCAUCUUAGGCGUGUCAAACGGGGCUGCCUUGUGGACGAAGUUCCACUGGUUCCCAUUCCUAUCAUCCUAUUUAAUCGUCAUUGUAUUCAUACUCCUCUGGGUCGCACUGAAGUUAUUCAGAAACGCAAGAUGGAAGCUGGCGGAUCUCUCCAGUGAAGACAAGGCUAUCAAAGUCAUUGAAAAUCUACACCAGCUUCGGGCCAGAACUCUUUGA